GCCCGUGUGCUCGUGGUCUAUGCUGGAAAGGAUAUGCUUAUCGAACCGAAGAUUUCACGAGAACUUGCUACUUCUUUCAGUGAUCACAGAGCGCUGGCUUGUAAGGAUAACGAUGACGUAUCAGAGGAAAAGGUUAUACAAGAAACACGUGAACUUUUCUCAAAAGAAGCUAAAACUGUUUCGGUCAAUUUCGAAAUGAGCGGUCAUUUCCUUCAACGAGAUCGAGCACGGUACAUUGCUGAUUCUAUUGAAGCAAUUCUGCGAAGUCAAAUAUAA